CUAGGACCCGACUCACAAAGGCGUUCUGUACAUCCGGGUCAUCACAACGCUGACUGGCUGAGAGAGAACUGGAGGAGGCGGUGGCGGGAGUCGUGUGAGAAAUUGAUGUGAUGGGAGACAGCGACGACGAGUACGACCGUCGGCGGAGGGACAAGUUCCGCAGGGAGAGGAGUGACUACGACCGCUCCCGGGAGAGGGAGGACCGGCGGCGGGACGACUGGAAUGACCGGCGCCCUUCGGCGAGAGAGUGGGACCGCGGCCGUGAGAGGCGGAGCCGGGGGGAGUACCGCGAUUAUGAGCGAGGCCGCCGCGAGCGGUUCUCCCCGCCCAGACACGACAUGAGUCCCCAGCAGAAACGCAUGAGGAGAGACUGGGAUGACCAUGGAGGCGAUCCUUACCAUGGGGGGUAUGACCUGCCGUACGGUGGAGGAGGGGGUCCCAGCUACGCCCCCCCGCAGCCCUGGGGUCACCCGGACCUGCACCUCAUGCCUCAGCACCACGGCAUCCCCAUACAGGCCAGACUGGGUAACAUCCACGACAUGGACCUGGGCCCGCCCCCGCCGGUGAUGAAGACCUUUAAGGAGUUCCUGCUGUCGCUGGACGACUCCGUGGACGAGACGGAGGCGGUCAAGCGCUACAACGAGUACAAGAUGGACUUCCGCCGCCAGCAGAUGCAGGACUUCUUCCUGGCCCACAAGGACGAGGAGUGGUUCCGGUCGAAGUACCACCCGGACGAGGCAGGUCGGAGGAAGAUGGAGGCCCACGCCGCGCUGCAGAACCGGCUGGGCGUCUUCCUCUUCCUCAUGGAGAACGGCUGGUUCGAACCCGUGUCCCUGGACAUCGAGCGCGCUCCCGCCAUCAUCAAGAUCCUGGAUGCAGCGGUGAUAAAGAUGGAGGGCGGGACGGAUCAUGACCUGCGGAUCCUGGAACAGCCCACAGAGGAGGAAGAGGAGGAGCGAGAGAGGGAGAGGGCGGGGCCCGUGGGGGCGGGUCCUGAACCCCCAAAGAGGGAGGAGCCCCGUCCCGGAGAGGGGGAGCGAGGAAGACCUCCCGCAGACAAAGAGGAGAAAGAAAAGGGGGAGGGUGGUGCCAGCAGUGUGGAGGAGAAAGAGAAGGGUGUGAGUGAAGCAGCUGAGGGGGAGGAGGGAGAGAAGGAGAAAGUUCCAGAAAAGGAAGAGCUUCCUGAGCCAAAGAAGUUGAGUAAGAAGAGGAAGAGGAAGCACAGCGCGGACAGCGAAGAUGAGGUCAGCGCCUCGGAGAGCGAGUCUGACUCCGACUCCGACUCCCAUGCCUCCGACAAGCCGGCGGAGAGAGAGAGGGAGGAGGGCGAGGACAAAGAGGAGGAGGAGGAGGAAGAGGAAGGGGAAGCGGACGUGAAAGACAGAAAGGAGGAGAAGCCGAAGGAGAGGGAGAAAGAGAGGGAGGAGAAGAAGCCGAAGGAGGAGCUUCCGCCUCGGCCCCGCCCACUCCACAGGACCUGCUCUCUGUUCAUGAGGAGCAUCGCGCCCAGCAUCUCCAAAGCAGAGAUCAUCGCUCUGUGCCGGCGCUACCCAGGGUUCCUGCGGGUGGCCCUGUCUGACCCCCAGCCUGAGCGCAGGUUCUUCAGACGCUGCUGGGUCACCUUCGAUCGCAGUGUGAACAUCAAGGAGAUCUGCUGGAACCUGCAGAACAUCCGGCUGCGGGACUGUGAGCUGGCCCCCGGGGUGAACCGGGACCUGGCGCGGCGGGUGCGCAAUGUGAACGGGAUCACGCAGCACAAGCAGGUCCUGCGCAACGACAUCAAGCUGGCCGCCAAACUCAUCCACGCGCUGGACGAGCGCGAGCAGCUGUGGAGCCACAAGCAGCGCGGGGAGACGGCGGGGCUGGAGCUCCCAGCUCAGAACCCCAUCCUGAAGAACAUAACUGAUUACCUCAUCGAGGAGGUGAGCGCUGAGGAGGAGGAGCUUAUGGGAGGCACCGGAGGGGCGGAGCCAGAGGAGAACAACAAGGAGGGAAACCCAGCGGAGAUCACUGUGGAGCGGGACGACAAGCUGGUCAAGGUGCUGGACCGGCUGCUUCUGUACCUGCGUAUCGUCCACUCCAUCGACUACUACAACACCUGCGAGUACCCCAGCGAGGACGAGAUGCCCAACCGCUGCGGAAUCAUCCACGUGCGAGGGCCUAUACCCCCCAACCGCAUCACCCACGGAGAGGUGGCGGAAUGGCAGAAGACCUUUGAGGAGAAGCUGACGCCGCUCUUCAGCGUGAAGGAGACGCUGUCGGAAGAGGAGGCGGGUAAGAUGGGCCGCAAGGACCCCGAACAGGAAGUGGAGAAGUUUGUGUCGGCGAACACGCAAGAGCUCGGCAAGGACAAGUGGCUCUGUCCGCUCAGCGGGAAGAAGUUCAAGGGCCCAGAGUUUGUGCGCAAACACAUCCUAAACAAGCACGGCGAUAAGAUCGAGGAGGUCAAGAAGGAGGUUGUCUUCUUCAACAACUUCCUGAUGGACGCCAAGAGGCCUGCACUCCCCGAAAUCAAGCCCCCGCCACCCCCGGGCCCAGGCCAGGGAGUGCUGGCCCCAGGGUUACCCUUCCCUCCCCAGCCCCCCCAGGGGCUGCUAGGAUUCGCACAGCCCCGCCCACCAGUCCUCGGGUACGGAGGAGGCCCUCCCUACCCUCCUAACCAAUAUGGAGGUGGCAGGGGUAACUAUGACAACUUCCGUGGUCAGGGAGGCUAUCCUGGCAAGCCGCGAAACAGAAUGAUCCGUGGAGACCCUCGUAACAUCAUCGAAUAUCGCGACUUGGACGCUCCCGAAGAUGUCGACUUCUUUUAAAUUGUUUUAUCCUUUCCAUUUUAAUUCCUUUUUUUAUUUUACAUUUUUAAGUUUUAUUAUUAUUGUUUUGUGAACUGUUAAGCCCCUCCCGCUGCCUGCCCCACACACUUCAGGAUUCUGGGAUUUGUAGUCUUUCAGAGGGAGAGUGCCAUGUCACAUCCCUAGUUGCCAGUUUGUGUUUGGAUCAUCUCCAGGGGCAACCUACAGUAUUAUCUCCCGGCUCCUACGGAAAGUAUCAGAUUCUUUGUUGCUGUUACUUUGUUUUAUUUCCUACUUGCAAUCUAAAUAAAUAUCUGGACCACGUGAGGUGACUCUGGUGGUUUUGAAAAUGAAAA